AUGUCGACGUCAUCGGUUCGCCGGAUGAAAGAGAGCAGCGGAAAGAUCGCCACGGCCGCCACUGCAUCCAGACCCUUCAAAUCUCUGACCCCAGUUUCCGCAAAGUCCAUUUCCACCGGAAAGGAGAACUCGAGGCCGACAUCACGGGUUCGGGCUGCUACACAGAAACCUGAGAUCCGGCCGAUGGUCCGGAUUGAUAAAUCUACAACCGCCGUGGCGGUGGAGGAGUCACGUGCCAGGAGGUUCACUUCAUCAGUGCCCAGAGGUAGGAGCUCUAGUCCCUCUGAUAUUACUAGAGGUUUCGGUGAUUUGAAGAAAAAUUCUAGGGUCUCAUUGGGCCCACCGCAAAAGAAAGUGAAUAAAACUAGCGAUUUGAAUGAAAUAUUGGUAGAACGCUUGAAUCCUAGAAGAAGUUUUUCGAAGGAUACGGAGAAAAAUGGGGUAAGUUUUGAUAAAUUGGAGGAAAAUUACGAAUUAAAUGGGAAAAUUGAGACUAGGGAUACGGAUGGUAACAAUUUGAAAAAAGAGGGAUAUUUAAGCUCAAUUCCAAUAAAAACAUCGGAUUUUGAGGAUUUUGACGUGAAGCCCAACGUUGCUCUGGGUUCAAAAGUUAAGGCUUUGGAGGAAAUAAAGCUGAAAUCUUGUCUGAGUGAAGUUGAAUUGGGGUCGAAUUCAAGAGAAUUUGGAAGGGUGAAUAAAGUGGAUAAUGUCUCUGGGGAUUUGAAAGAGAAUGCCAUGAAUAAGUAUCCCAGUAAGCUUCAUGAAAAGCUUGCAUUUUUGGAAGGGAAGGUGAAGAGGAUAGCUUCCGAUAUAAAUAAGACCAAAGAUAUGUUGGAUAAGAAUAAUCCAGAUGCUACAAAGAUGAUAUUGUCAGAUAUUCAAGAAAAGAUUUCUGGGAUUGAGAAGGCAAUGGGUCAUGUUGUCGGUAAUGAGGGGGAUGCGACAAUGGUGUUGAUUAAAAAUGGUGAAAAUGAGCGGGGAAGAAAGUGUGCGGUUGAUGUGAAAAGUUCAGUCAAGGGGUUGAGCGGUGAAGAAUUGGAAGCGAGGUUAUUUCCUCAUCAUAAGUUGAUGAGAGAGAGGAUAUUAUCAAAGACAACAUCAGAAGGUUCGGAGAACCAUGAAGUCAAUGCUGGAGAAUCAAGUAGUGAACUGCAUUUGGAGGCAGUAAACGAGAAUCUGAUUGCAUUGGAGUUUUUGGCUAGUUUGAGUAAGGAGGAAAGGAAGGUUCAUAAUGAGACUAGUGAGGUUCAAGAAAUGGAUGAUGCUGUCACUUCUGGCUCACAAACUUCAUCUUUGAAUUUGUUAAAGGGAAAAGAUAUUAUUGAUGAUAUGUUAAUGGCCGAUGAAGAUCUCAAUGAGUUUGACGAUGAAGAAAGAGUGCCGACAGUGAUAACUGAAGAGGAAGUUGAUGAGAGUUGCAUGUACCAACUGAAUGAUAUUGGGCGCAAGACCUCUACAGGAGGAUGGUUUGUUUCGGAAGGAGAGUCUGUUCUUCUUACUCAUGAUGACAGCUCAUGUUCCUUCUACGAUAUUGCCAACUACGAGGAGAAGGCUAACUAUACUCCUCCAGCUGGAAUCUCGCCAAACAUGUGGAGAGAUUGUUGGCUAAUCCGAGCCCCUGGUGCAGAUGGUUGCUCAGGUAAAUAUGUUGUGGCUGCAUCUGCUGGGAAUUCUGUGGAUUCAGGUUUCUGCUCAUGGGACUUUUACACAAAAGAUGUACGAGCUUUUCACAUUGAGAAUGAUACUACCCGUGUGAGAACGGCCCUUGCUCCCCUAUCUAGCAACAUUUACAGAAGAAAUGCUUCAUCUACAGUUACGACUACUGAAAAUAGACAACACUGGUAUAAACCUUGUGGACCUCUUAUUAUAUCAGCAGUCAGUUGUCAAAGGAUGGUGCAAAUUUAUGAUAUUCGUGAUGGAGAUCAAGUCAUGAAAUGGGAGUUGCAGAAGCCUGUGACGUCCAUGGAUUAUGCGAGUCCUUUGCAUUGGAGAAAUAGAGGCAAAGUGGUAAUAGCUGAGGCAGAAACUCUCUCUCUAUGGGAUGUGAGCUCUCUCAGUUCUCAGGGAUUGCUCUCUGUUUCUUCAUCUGGACGAAAAAUUUCCGCUCUUCAUAUUAAUAACUCUGAUGCAGAAAUUGGUGGAGGAGUUCGGCAGAGAGUUGGUUCAUCUGAAGUGGAAGGAAAUGACGGUGUGUUCUGUACUCCAGAUUCCAUUAAUGUACUGGAUUUCCGGCAUCCAUCUGGUAUAGGUCUGAAGAUACCUAAAGUUGGGGUGAAUGUGGAGUCAGUUUUUUCACGUGGAGAUUCUAUAUACAUUGGAUGCACUAAUUUAAGGUCAACUGGAAACAACCAAUCCUGCUCCCAGAUUCAACAGUUCUCAUUGCGCAAACAGAGGCUUUUUAGCACCUAUGUGAUUCCAGAAUCAAAGUCUCACUACAAUUUCAAGGCAUUGACACAAGUUUGGGGAAAUUCAAGCCUUGUGAUGGGAGUUUGUGGCCUUGGUCUGUUUGUUUUUGACUCUUUGAAGGAUGAUGAAAUGCCUUCUUUUGCAAUGGAUUAUGGCAACACUCAAAACGUGAAAGAAAUAAUUGGACCUGAUGACAUGUAUUCUCCUUCUUUCGACUGCUUGGCAUCUAGAAUUCUCCUAAUAUCAAGAGAUCGUCCGGCUCUGUGGAGGUACUUGCUGUAA